CGUCGUGGUUGAUUUCGCGGUUGGUGUCUGCUCGUGCACCCCGGACACGAAUCCACAGGCUCACACAGCUGCGGUCCUGCGUGUAAAUAAAGCGAAAAGUCCAGGGAUAACGAGACGGGAAUCGCUUCACCGUCUGCGACAGCUGUGGCCGACGCUGACUUGCCUCGAGGACAACGGGGCCUCGGACGAGCGAGUUUAUCACUAUUGAAACACACCCCCAUUGGCCCUGAUUACGCUGGACGAAGACGACCGUCUGCAGAGCUGCCUACGCUUAAGCAAUCAGGAUGUGAUUCCACGACAGUCGCUGCAGAACGGCGAUCACAAUGAGCGGUGGGGGGUUUAGAGGAAGGGGACCGGCACUGCGUGGUCGUCGAGGAAUGGCUGGCGGCGUUGGCGGGCUGCAUAAUCCGCGGCCAAACUUCAACCAGCAAAGGAGAGACGGUCAUGGUCCUAUGAGAAAUUACUGGAACGAUCGUUCACUUCCUCCGUGGCGACAGAUGAAUGGCAUGCCACCGCCUCAACGGCCGCAGUUUCCCAUCUAUGAAUCUCACCAUUAUAGAGGGCAGCCACAGUUUUGUCCAGGUCCCGGCCACAGAGGUAGGGGCAACAAUCAGCGGAUGCUAGGAGACAGAGGCAUGAGGCGGGGGAUGCCGCCACAUCCUCCUGGCUUUAGCGGCAUGGGAAUGAUUAGGUCACGACCACCGGAGCCAACGCGUUUUCCCCCAUUGGGUUCAGAGGAAGAACGACAGCAGAAGAUUGCGGAAACAGCGGAUAAACUAAAGCAGAAACUUUCCACGCUCACUGUCAGUAGUAGCACUGGGGUUAACUUUUGGGAAGAUGAUUUUGAGUCUGCAGGAUUCUCCAAAACUAACGAGGAAGAUGACACUAUCCUUAAUAAGGGCAUACCGGAGCUCAGGCACGAACCUCCAGAGCUGAAUCUAACUGUCAAAGACCUCAAAGAUAUUGGUAGGGUAGAUCCGGACUCUUCCAUAAACUCCUAUGAGCACGCGGAACGCUCAGCUUACCGGGAGGAAGAUGGACUUACGAUUGGUGACCAUGGGAGAGAGCCUGAGCCCUUUGACAAUAAUACAAGUUCGCAGUAUUUUGUCAAUGACAAAUCCACCACUCGAUAUUGCGGGGAUAUUGGGACUGAAGGACCAACAGAUGUGCGGAAAGAAAGCACAAUUCAAAAUGAGCAGAUGGGCUGCGGAUUUGACCAGGUUGAUUUUGCGCACUUGGAUCAUAGUCAGAGUCGGGGUCGAGAUACCUCGUCGCCGAAAGCGAUGGAGGACACAACGCGGUUCCAGAAUGAAAAAGAUUCGGAGCAGCAACAGAAGGCGUCACAAAUUCAUCACGAACCACAUUCGGUCGUCAAGGAGCAACCGGAUCAGCUGAAAAAGGUGCGAGAAAAGUUGCGCGAAGUAAUAGAGAACGAGCAAAGAGGAGAAGGAGGAAGAGGAAGAAGAUUUGAAUCAGAGAGAAAUAUCGGGCAGCAAACAGACACUAGGAUGGGUUUUCAGCUGGACAUAGGGCCGCGUCUCCAGUCCGAAAUUAGUUCGGAUUUUCAUCCAGGAUCGCGUCCAACUUUGCAGCGUUUUCAGAGCCCGCCUCGUUUCCGGCCACCGUUCCGUCCUGAGCACGAGACGCAGUCGAAUUUCAGGCCUGCAGUUCAGCCGACACGGUUUGAUCAACCCAACUUCAGCAUGGGGCCGAGAUUCCAGAGGCCGCAAAUGAUGCACUCGGAAUUCAGCAACAGGCCUGCACCCAGGAUGGGAUCUGGGGAUCGCGAUAUCCGAAUGGGCUUUGAUCCAUCCGGUCCACCGCCUGGGUUUAAUGCCGGCCCCUUCUUCAACCGGAGCGAGCUGCCGCCGAAGUUCAUGAUUCCUGGUGGACAAAACAGUCAACAACCGCCUUUGGGAUUUUUCCCCGCAGGCCCGAUAUCCGGAUUCGUCGGUCAGGACAAGGAGCCUCCCUUCGGUUCAGGCAUUGUAUCUUCGCCGCCGGUUUCUGAUUUUUCGCAAAUCGGUUACACCCAAAUCUCGCAUAUACACAUGACGCAGGGUCCAGGUUACAUCCCCGUCGUCAAUGGAAGCUUCAACCCUGUCAUUCCGCUUACCAACACCGCCUCGGGCAUAAUUCCGCAGUUUCCAGUGUCUGCCGUGCCUUCUACCUCAGCUUCCAAUUCUCCGGACGAACCUCGAGUCGUAAUUAACCCAAUGCCGAUAGCUAUCGAGGCCCUUGAUAUUCAGCCUCCACCUCCACCUCCGUCUCCACCCAAAGAGAAACGCGAAACGUGUCAGCUGACUGAGGAAAAAUUACUUAAACCAGCGGAAGAUCAGCAGAUUAGGCAGAACCCGACAUCCAACAUGAACGAAGAACUCGAGGACAUGCAGGAGGCACUUGAAUUUGCUAAACAAUUCAUGAAUAUGAACACUGAUGUGGAGGAGAAGGAAGAAAGAAACGAGGAGGGCGAAAAGACACAAAAGACGCAAGAAGACAGUGGAAAAUCUGAUGGGCCAAUGCUGGUUGAACUGCCACCAACCAUUUCUCAGGUGCAACCGCCUCCUCCGCGUGAACCUGUCACUAGCGAGAAGCAAGAAAGCAAGGAGUCGAAGACAAAGAAUAUUGAGACGUCCAGCAAACAAGUCAGGCAGGAAAUCGUAUUGAAUAAAUAUGCCGGUAAUGAGAGUUUAGUCUUAGACAACAAGUCGCUCAUAAACGAACUGCCCAGACCAAAAGUCGCGUUCAAUGUCAAUUCGACAAUAAAGAAAAUAACGCAAAUCGAAGAGUGGAAAACUCAGCAGGUUGAACCGAUUGUUCAAUCAAGUUCUAGUCAAAGUCGUCGAUUGAAGUUGUCUGAAUCUUCGACUUCUCCUCUUGCUGUUAGAGACGAAUCAAAGGGCACCAAAAAAGAGUGUGUACUCAUCCUCAAUCCUGUAGACGACAGACGAGAUGUCAAAGAUAGGGAACAGCGUGAUAACCAGAAAAAUAAAAGACGACAUAGAGAAGAGGGGAGACGUGGCGAGAGGAAAAGUUCUUCGAGGAAUUCUUCGAGGAAUUCUUCAACGUCGCCGAGCACGGUUUCGGCUGAUGGUUUCAGAGACAGUUCGCCUAGUCAGCUGGUUCUUACGAAGUCGGCCCACCAGAGCAGCCCCAAAGAAACAGCGAACGACCGAGUUGAUGCGGCCAGUCUAAAGAUACGCGCGUCAACCUCAAAGACUUCAGGGAAUUCGCUGCUGGCUUCAACAGUCGACGCUAACUGGAAAGACAAGGUGAUAAAUCAGUUUUUGAAGAUGAGCAAAAAUGACAUAUGCAACAUGGUGAACAGUUCUGGCCUGAGGAAAUUCGACAUCGCGAUGAAGCGGCUGGUCAAAGAGCGCAAGUACUCCUUGUCUCAGGAGAGGAGAUCCUCAGCCGACGACGCGGUCAAGGGGUACGACAUGUCACGUGAAGAGUUCAUGAGCCAACUGAGCGCAAUGCUUGACCCGAGCGCCACUGUUGACGUGAAGAAUUUACCUGCCAAGUUCAUUCAGCAUCUCAGUGAGGUGCUGAAACUGGACGUUGAGUCGCAUCUGAACGAUGGGGCUGAAUUGACUGUGGAAAACGACAACCCGCUAGAUGGCUUGGAUUCGGCUGAGGUAAACAGAGAAAAUGAAAACGAGGGUAAUAAUUUGCUUGACAAUCACCCAGAGACGCCGAGCUUCGAACAAUUUCUUGGCUCUGAUGUUAAUCCAGGGCCGGAUUAUUCUACCGACGAUACUUUCGCCCUUAGUACUAAAUCUGAGCUAUGUUCAAACCCAGAGACGCAUGUUACUACUGACAUUGGUCAUAUGCUUACCGACUCUCACGACAGUGGUAGCAAUCCGGCCAACGAUGAUAGUUUACCAAAUAUGGCAGCUAUAGACGAUAUAUUCUCCGCAGGAAUCGCCAGGGCAAAGCUGGGCCAAAAAUCUGCCAAUCGCAUCACGGAGGAAAAUAGCUUGGAUAAAGCUGACAUGGAUUUUUCAUCCAAAGGUGGAUUUCUCAGAGCAAGGAACUUAAGGACGAUGCAAGCAUCACCUCCACACGUUCUCAUCAACGAUAUAUUUACUCUAAAACCGGACGACAGUUUGCCAGUAUCAUUACAAGAUACAUUUCAGACAAGCAUUGAGUCUGGCGCUGAGGGGUGGAACAGAAAAAAACGACAGAACCCUGACACGUUCAGGAAUUUGACUAAGGAAGAGUGGGAGGCAAGAUGCGCAGAGAAGGAUAUUGCAUCUUCGAGCAAAACAAGUUCUCCAAGGGGCACGGGAAGCCCUAGAGCACUGAGUUUGAAGUCUAACAGAUCUACGAGAAAUCAGUCGCCCCCAACGCCGGUGAGAGAAACAAGUACUCGCAGCUCAAGCGCCACUCAAGGCAGGCAGACAGAUAGCAAUGACUCAGAGGAUAGUAGCAGCGGUUGGAGCAGCGAUUCAAGUGACAGCGAACACUCGUUGCAUGGCACGCCAAACGUGUCGAAAUUGCUGCGUGUGAUAAAGGAACGCGAGAAACGAGCCAAGAACAGAAGCCUGAACGAAACAAUUAGGGACGAAGUUAAUUCCGAAAUAGAACGUGAGAAAUACAAGGAUAGGGAACGACAGAGGGAGCGGAGGAUGAGAAAACGCGAGAAAAGUAAGAGGAAGAGAGAGCGCAAAGGGAAAAAGAAGAAGCGGAAGCACAAGAAACGGGACAUUGAAAAGCAUGAGCAAACAGAAGAGGAAUUGAUCGUUCCCAAGGUCGAGGUGAGCUCUAUGGAUGUGAUAAUUAAGGAAGAACCUGAGUUUGAAGAGCAAGAAACGGUAAGCAAAAAAUUCAAUAGUACUGAAAAAGAUCAUCCUGUUAUGAACAAAUUGAGCAGGUCCGCUCCUGAGGAACAAACACAUGUGCAGCAUCAGAAUGCAAUCCCUAAACGGUUGGACAGUGGUUUAAGUAGUCAAAAAGCACCCAGCCGUCAGAAAUCCGUGACCUGUCCAAUGACACAAAAAUCGACUGGUGAAGUUAAGGCUAACAAAGCACCACCACCUUCUGUUCCCAAUGUGAAUGUAACGCCAUCACCUGAUGUCGACACUGUAAAAAAGGCCCUGACACCAGCCGUUAACGUUGUGAAACUAACACGAGCACCUGCUAUUGACUCUGUAAAAAAAGCACCAUUACCUACAGUGAAAUUGACACCGUUACCUGCUGUUGACACUGUAAAAAAAGCACUGCUGCCAGCCAAUAAUGCUGUGAAAAUAUCACCAUCACCUGCUCUUGUGACUGUAAAAAAAGCACCGCCAACAGCUGUCAACAUUGUAAAACUGGCACGUUCAUCAGCGGUUGAUACUGUAAAAAAAGCGCCACUGUCAGCCAUUAACGCUGCGAAAGUAACACCAGUACCUGCUGUUGCCACUAUAAAAGAAGCAUCGCCGUCAUCUGUUGGCAUUGCUAAAGAAGCGGCACUGCCAGUCGUCGACGUUACACAUAAGGCACCGGUGUGUGUUGCUGACAACGGAAAAGAAGCCCCCAAGGUUUUAUCGACAUUGGAAAAGUUGAGGAAAAAUACUGAGAGCGGAAGCUGGCCGUCUCUUCCGGAAAUUCCUCUGGUAAACGUGCGACUAGUAGACAUUAAACACACUGUGAAUCAGCUGAAAAAAUCUGGAGCUAAGAAGAUUAACAUACAGGCCUACAAAGCUCGAAAGUUGCAAGGUGACACCGAGAAACAGGAGAAAGCUAACGAAGUUGAAACGUGUCCUGCACCACCGGCUGAUGAUUCACCCAGUUGCCCAAAGUCAAGCGGUGAGCUGGUGUGUGAUGUGAAAACCAACGAGAAGGUUGAUGGUCUGAAAGGUCCGAAAAUCAAAACUCAGGAUGAUGGGACAGAAAAAAAUUCUACCAACAUCGUUAAGUCCGAAUUGACGGAGUCUCAGGCUGCACAUGCUCAGGGUCCGUUACGGCGGCGUAUUUUACGGAGAGGGAUUUGUUGCGCAGAAAAAUUAGGGGCGGAAAAAAUGGCAACGGAGAAAACAAAGCAGAAGAAAAAGGCAGAGGCUACAGAACAGAAAAAAAAUCAGAAAACAAUGGAAGAACAAGAAGUCAAUGAUGAGAAUGAGAAGGAAAUUGACAGGAAAGACUCAAAGAACGACUCAAGGGACAGAGAGGCAUCUUUGUCAAAUGAGGAGAGGUGUAAAAAGAUGAAAGAAUCCGAAGAUAAGUUGCGAAGUCACUUGGUUCAAGAAAAGAGGUGUGACUCUCCCAAACCGCAGGAUAAGUUUCCAUCGAGAUCAGCACAGCAAAAGAAUAAUUUUAUCAUUGAAUCAAGUAACGCCGAAUUGGAUAAACUCAGCACCAAAAAGAUUAAUGAAAAAAGUGAUGUACAAUUCUCGAAGGAUCAGAAAGACCUCUCAGAAACUAAACAAGUUGGCAAAAGGUUGGUAAGAAGGCGGUCCAGGGCUAGUAGCGAACAACGUAACCCGGUGAUUAUUUUGGAAAAGAUAACAACUGAGCAAAAAAAAGAGAACAUUGAACUCCUUAAAAUGGCAGAAGCUCCAGCAAAGCAUGCUGAAGUACCUGCGGUAAGUGAAACGGGUGAAAAAUUGCAAGUGCCAGGAGUGGCAACAGGUGAAAGUGGAAGUUUGUCUUCCGAUAAACAAUUAACAAGAAUCGAGUCUAGAGCUAGUAGCGAACAACUUAGCCCAGUAAUUAUUUUGGAUAACAUAGCUACUGAGCAAAAGGAGAACAUUGAACACCUUGAAAUGACAAAGAAUCUGGCAAAGGAUGCUGGAACACCUACCGUAAGUGAAACGGGUGAAAAAUUGCUACUACCAGAAGUGGUAGCAGGCAAAAGGGAAAAUCCGACACCCGACAAACAAUUAGAAAGGGUCGAGCCUAGAGUUAGCAGUGAACAACAUAGCUCAAUGUUCAUUUUGGACAAGAUGACAACAGAGCAAAAUGAAGCGGAGAAUAUUAAACACCUCGAAAUCAUAGAGAAUGUCGAAGCACCUGUCGUGACUGAAGUGACCGAAGGCUCAGCGGCGCAUCAAGUGAUAGCACCUGAGAUUGCGGAACCAAUUCCUGAAGAACAAUUCGCAAGGAUCGAGCCUAGAGCUGAAAACGAACGACACAGUCCAGUUCUUAUUUUGGAUAAAAUAGUGACUGAGCAAGAACAGGAGGAGAAUAUUAAACACAUCGAAACCACAGAGAAUCUGGAAAAGAAAGCUGAAACACCUGCUGUACACGAAGAGGCUGAAAUAUUGGAAGUGCCAAAAGUGGUAGUAGAUGGGGGUGCAAAACUGAUUCCAGAAAACAUUGAAACAGUGAUGAGUGUCACCGACCCAUUGCCUCAGAUAGAAGCGGAAGCUGAUGAGGCUGUAGUUUGUGAAGAACAAGUGCUGACGGAAGUGGAAACUCGGAGUGUAGACGAUUCGAAGAACGAUUUACAGACCGAGAAUCUGCGAGAAAGCAUUGAGAAAGAUUUGAGCAUUACGGAAGAUCCUGUGAUUCAGAAUGUGGCAACAAGUACCGCUGCAGUUGAACGAGAGAUGAGAAUAUCGACCGAAUCGAAUGUGACAAAUGAAGCAGAACAUGUUAUAGACGCAACAGAUAAUGUGAUAGACUUGCCUGAGACACAGGAAGAACUUCUGAGGCACGAAGCUGAGAAAAUAAUGCUGGUAUCGAACCAGCUUGAUGGCGACGAGCUUGAUCCCACCGAAUCGCGCGACAGCGACGUGAGAACGGUAGUUAAUGAUCUAAUACAGGAAGUAGUUUCUCGUCUGGAAAUAUUGAGUGACGAGACUGAAACUGAGACAAUAAUUGCAACCUCCUCAAUGGUGGAAAUUGCGGCUGAACUGUCAGAACUAUCAGAGUAUGGUGCACUGGAUUUGAAAUCUCCGGAACCACCUGAGAGCCCACUGAAGGGUUUCUCGGAGGAUUCGAUAAACAGCAGCUUACUGGGAAAACGCAAACUGGUUCAAUCGGUGCUGGAAAUAACGGAAGAUUUUAUAUCGAGCAAGCGGUGCAAAGACAUCGAUGAAAUCAUGUUGUCAAUGAUCAGAGAGAGUGGAAGCUGCACAGAGGUGAUUGUCUCUCCAGAUUCUGGGGAGCUCGGCGAUUCCGCGUUGAAGAUUAACGAAGGUGUUGAAUUGGGAUCGACUAUAGAGGAGGAAAAUCAGCAUAUGUCCGAUGCAGCAAUUACUAACGGCAAUGGUGAAAUCUGUCAGGGACCUGGGACGCCUUCCGGUGACACUCUUUCACUUGGCAGUUCGAUAGACCUUGACAAUAGCGAAUUCAUUGUACUGUCAGAGAUAUUGUCAGAUGAUAACUUUCCUCGUGAGGAAAAUGAGUUUGACGAAACUGAACCAGAAGGUCAAAAGCAGGGUGGAAAAAUAAAUUGCUCAGAAGACGCGUCCGGGAAAGUAGUAAAAGAGCACGUAGAAGCGCAGGAAAAUACAGAGGUUCUUAGGAAAUCUCUCAAGGAGAAGGAAGAACUAGAAGCGAUCCUCUGGGACCUGACGGAAUCUUCGCAUCCUGCCAUUGUCAAAGAUCUUAGUCCAUCAAUAGAAUUAGAAAUAACUUCAUCGCGUGAAAUUUGCGAUACGCAACAGCCAGCUGACAAGUGCAAUCAAACACGGUUCGCAAAGCAAAUUUUCGAAUCGAAUGAGCCUGUAGAAGAUCUUGUGAAGGAUAAAGACGCGGGCGAAGUUUUAAACUGCGAUUCGCAUUCAAAAAUAAUUCAGAACACAGAGAAUGACAAAUGCAUUAGAGGUAACGACUCCGCCACUCCUGAGGUUAGUGAUGAUAAAAUUACCAAAACGGACAAGAACGUUUUGUCCAGUGAAAACACCAGCAGCAGUAAGCACUUACACGGUGUUAAACGCAGGCACGGAAUGAAGCAUAAAAAGCAAAAGAAACUGGCAGUUAUUGGAGAAAAGAAGAUAAGAGAUAUGCUGAAGGAGGAGGAAUUGGUAACCAUUGUUAAAAAAGUACAAACGAAAGAAAGUGUCAUGGCAAGAAUGGUGGAGAUAGAUUUGGAGGUACAUAAAUUAAUGUCAGAAAAAAUGAAGUUGUAUGAAAUGCUAAAAAGUGGCGAUCUGCCGGUUGAGCAGAGUUCAGCUAGCACGAAAGGAUUCGCCGAGCCUCUGUUAGACAACACGAGCACUUCUCAUCGAAAAUCCAACACUCAUACAGGGAGGAAAGAGUGCAGUCGAACUCCUGACAGGCAGGAGUCUACUUCCAAAGCGAGAACAGAAUCUCCGCAACCACGGUCCGAGACUUGUACAGGAAAAAGGGAGUGCAGCAGAAACUCCAGAGAGUGUGAAUCAAGUUCCAAGACAAGAUCAGUGUCACCACACGCUAAAUCUGCCAAGAGUGUUAGCUCUGCUGCAAAGGAUGAUACUAGUCAUCGCGACGAUAGCGAAACAAUCACGGUGUUCAAAAAGAAGAAAAAGAAGAAGAAGCGAAAUCAAGAGAAGCGCGAAAGGUUGACUAGGCAUAGUGGUAUCACUGCCGAUAAUGAGUGUAAAUCGUCUCGAGUUAGAAAAGAGUUGCCUGACAAGCAGGUUGAUUCAAAAACCUUGAUCACGAAGGGAAAAGGCGACAAGAAGAGCAAUUCCAGUCAUAGCAGUAAACACAAUGAGGUAAAAAACUUGAACUUGAGUUUGCGGUCCGAAGAACGUGAGAGUAAAAGUGUAGAGUUUACUAAAACUACGGAGAAAAAUCCUGUGGCAGAAGUCCAAUCUGCAGCUGGACAAAGGAGCAGAAGAUCUCAGCACAACAGGGAAUCAAGGCGAAAGGCAGACAGAGCUGCUGGCCUUAAAGAUGAUCAGUCCAAGAAAAAAGAGCAGCUGCAGGAGGCAACUCAUGAAACUAAAUUGCGGAGCAGAACUAUCUGCGAAUCUCUAAACAGUGCUGCUGAAAAACAGGAUAGUAGUCAGGUUUCCGAAGCGAUGGUAAGCAAGGGGAGCAGAAAGAGUUUCAGUGUACCGCCGCCGGCCAAAAAGCCUGAGAAACGGGAAAAAACUGUGACGAGAGUUCGUCGAAGAGUUAUUUUUACCAAGGGUAGAAAGGGUCGAUUAAAAAGAGCUCCUAAACCGCGGGAGUACAGCCCCAACGUUUUGUCGGCAUCCGAGGAUGAGAUACCCCUAAAUUUACUCUACGUUAAAAUAUCCCCGAAGAAGCACAGAAAUUCUUCCAACAUAGUUCGUAGUACAAGCACAAAAUUGCCAGACACUAAAUCUAAUCCAGUUAUCGACCAUCUUCAGGAGGCGAUAGACGCAGUGGCCGAAGGCAAGAUCGAUGAAUACCAACAGUCGGGUAAAAGCAACGUUGUUGAAGUUCCCAAGACCACUGCAACAAAAGUCGAUGUUCCGAAGGUCAUUCAUCAAGUUCUACCUGAUGCGAGUAUUCAAUGUGAGGUUCAUCCAUUGGCAGCGGAUCGGCCGAGUUGUGACGAGACCUCAGUACAAAACAACUGUGAGGAAGAACCAAGAAAGCUUCAGAGUCUGAAUGAAAUUGAAACAGCUAUCGGAGCGAUUGCGAGAAAGUUGCAAACACCAAUUCUUCAGUCUGAUAAUAAUUCCCCAACAGCGAGAGUCUUAGAGAUUUCUCUAAAGAAUAGCGGUGGAAUUGAUGUGAUCGAGACGAACCAAUGCAGAGGGAACACAGUGGGUAGCAAGGGCGGGGUGAAUCAAUUUUUACCAUCAGAGCAGUCCUGCAACGAGAGCGGGGUUGCAAUUGCAUCAUUGAACCCGAUGGUCGAUAUCCCGGACUUUGUGAAAGAUGAAUCUAGAAUCAUGCCGCCCGAUCCUGAUUUGGGUAGUAAUUCUAUAUGCCGUAAUUUGGGAAUAGAGAAGGACUUGGACAACCUCGACUCCAUGCUCGAAACGGUAAGCUGCAAUGUGGAGAAGGAAGUCGAAGUUUCUUCGAGUGCUGUCACCAGGGGAAAGCGGAAAAGGAUGGCCAGCACGGACCGAGGACCUGGUGGUAACGCUCUUCCUAAAAAAAGGAGCGCUAUCACCAGGUUAGAGAUGAUGAGCUGCUAUGUGUGCCUGACCGAUUGCAACAAGUACGCCGAUCUUAAGAAUAGCUUACUGAAAACAGGCUCUCGUCGAAGCUCCAGAAUAUCUAAUGCUGGAUCAGACAGAUCCGUCGAGCAAACACCUCAGCAGAAAUUAAAUACCGCCGGUCCGUUUUGCAUUGAAAGCGCAAUGGAGUGCGACGUCAGGACGGCCAAAUCAAACAGCCCAUUCUGUCUGCAACCUACCUCCAGUGCCGAGCCUACUGCUGCAACAGAAUGUCCAGACAAGUCGCCUGCCAGGCAUCGUCAGCCUAUCGAUGGUGAAAUCGACAUUGGCGAGAUGGAGCGGCAUUCCCAGUGCGACAACGAGGAGCUUUCGGUAAUCGAAAUUCAAAGAUCGACAAUGACCGAGGGUGGAAGUCGUCCGGCAUCAACACCUUUGAAACUAGCCGCCAACGUUGCUCGAAGAUACAACCCCACAUAUUUUAAUUCUUCUGGAAGAAGUUCGGUCGUUCUUGAAAAAUCGACUCAAGAACAACCGAGUAAACUCAGACCACGUUCCAAGUCUGUUAUCAACAUUGCAGAUUUAAGAGCGGACUGGGACGAACCUAGUCUUGAAGAGACUGACAGUACAAUCGAGCAAACGUCUGCACCUGUUAAAGAGAAACCAGACACAGGCCUGAACCAGGACGAGAUUCAAAUAGUCAGGGAAACUGGAAAUGAGCGGACGGAGAACGAAGUCCAAGAGGUUGAACUGCCUAGGAUACAGUACAGCGUUCACAAGGGACCAAUACUUGAGGUCAAGGUGUUCGGUGAUUCGAUUCUUGCCGCCAGCGAAGACGGGGUGAUAUACCGAUAUAGUCAGACCUGCAAUGGGAUUCUCAACACUUAUGAGGGCCACAGAGCGGCGGUGACGUGUAUGUAUGUUCUGGGUGUGGGUGGCAUGGAGAUUGUGAGGGAUUGGCUGUUCUCUGGUUCCUUGGAUGGGUCGCUUCGGUGUUUUGACAUAAAGACGAGCGUGCAGAUUCGAGGUGCCGCAGACGUUCGAAGCCCGAUCCAGUGCAUGGAUCAGGCGUGGGGAGUGAUUUACCUUGGCACCAAAUCGGGCUAUGUCUUUCGCUUCAAUAUAAAGUCUCAUACUUUUAAAAGUGAUGAAAUAAAGUUCUCUGAGGAGGCGGUACUCGCUUUAAAAGCAACGACAGAGGGUCCGCGUCGAGUCCUAAUUGCGGCAUCCAGAAGCCAGCCAAUAACGAUAAGAGAUGCACUGAGUGGUCUCUUCCUUAGAAUGAUAAGCGGUAACAGAAGUUAUACUGUUUACAGCCUUAUGAUGGAGAGUAAUUUGGUUUACUGCGGAACCAGCAGCACUGCAUUGCCAGUUUUUGACUUCAUCAACGGAUCACAAGUCGAGCUGUAUAACGCAGGACCUGGCAUUGUGUGCAUGAGGAUGUACAAACGAUUGCUUUUCGCUGGAUGUUACGAUGGCAAUAUUUACGUAUUCGACACUAAGGAGCGGAGACUCGUCUGCAGCAUACCUGGACCAGGAAACAUGCUGCUGAGUAUGGAUAUCGUGAAGAAUAAGAUUGUAGCGGGUAGCAAAGAUCGAAGAUUGCAUAUGUGGCAGAUGCCGGAUCAAGUGCAAGCAAUACUGGCGACAAGAACGUAACGUAAAGCUUACUAUUAAGUAUGUGAAUCUAGUCAAUGGAUGCAACUAAAAAGAGAAGCUAGUUGGUAAAAUAAAAUAUGAAUUGGUCAGACAAUGAAGCGCUGCUAACUACAUGACGAACAUAAAGGAUUAAAAAGAAAAAUAAAAAUAUUUGAUACACAGACAUGAUUAGGGAGAGUCAGCGAGCGUUGCCAUUCGCCAGGGAACGAGUACCAAGGAAUCGAGUACUCUAGACCAUAAGUAUGUAUAACAUCACGAUAAACCGUAUGCAAAUACUAUACUUACGUAUAAUACAAUAUACGUAUAUACGUGUUGUGUUAUAUGUCUAAAAUAAUGAAAAAUUAUAGUAAUUGAAAACGCGUUGAUUUAAUCGUGAAUUUCAGAUUUAUAAUGAGUGUAAUAAGUACACGAUGUCUACUGUACAAUGCUAAUUUAAGUGAAACUCCCUUCACGCGUGAAUAUGUAUAUGCGUACGUACAUAUGCAGCUACGGAUAUGUUAUGUACCGUGUUAUAGUCAUUUGGCGAUAGUGUAACAUACUUGUAUAUAUCUAUACAUAGAAUUAAAACAGUAAUAACAUUAUCUAAAUAAUACAUAUAUCAUAAAAUGUUAUAAUAAUGAUUAUUUGUAAAGAGUCGUUUUCAUUUAUAAUUAUAGUAUUACACAACCAGAUUCUCGGUACGGCGUUCUUUAUGAAUUUUUGACAAACGGAAGAUAUAAAAUAAAAAAAUUAAAAUUAGGUAUGUUAAGAGAAACAAAAAUCGACAAACUCACCUCGUGACAAUUAGACUGAUGACAUUCACGAGGAUGUCGACGAGUUUAACUCUACUAAGCUAACUAAAAAUGUUGAUAUAUGUAUGUAAUGCUAUUGUAAUUAAGUCUAGAUUAUUAUAGAAAUAAUACGAAAAUCGCAAGAUCGAAGGAACGGGUACGUAAACGUACGAGAGAAAAAAAAACGAAUCACAUGAAAAAUGCGAAAAUGUAUCAUUUUCGCGAAAGUCGUUGCAAUUUCAAUCAUUUUUAUCUGCUUAUCUGUUGCCAAUAAUUUUCUUAUUCCAUUAAGAAUGUUUUGUUUGCCUGGUCAGUUGAACAGGCAGUCGUUUUUUCUACAUGUUGAUUAUUGUAUAUUAUUAUUAUUAUUAUUAUUAUUACCACCAUUAUUAUUAUUAUCGUUGUUGUUGUUGUUGUUGUUAUUAUUGUUGGACGACAUUUUUUUCAUUCUCGGUAUCCACGAGUCAUCUUUACAAAAUACUUAAUCAAGAUUAUACAUACAAAUACCGUAGAUAGUUCAUUUGUUGCGACUAAAAAAUGUUAUAUUAAUAUAAUAAUUAUUGUAAUGAAAACUGAAUGUUUUAAUGGAUUUUUUUUCCAACGAGGAAAAAUUAAAAAAAUAAAAAAAAUCUCACAGAGCCAACCCUUUGGCUGCAGGAGAAUGAGUGAAAUAAAAAAAUAAAACAAUUGAGAAAAUAAAAAUACAGCGGACGUAUUUCGUGUUUCGUGCAAAUGAUGAAUUUUGAAACGCCUAGGUCAUCGUUUUUUUCUGCAAUCCGUGUACAGUAGUAAUAGAUUAGUAAUAGUACUUAUAGAAUUGUAUAAUGUAUAUUAAUGAAUAAUUACGUGAUAAGAAUGAAAAAAUCCAAAUUUCUUUGAUAAGAAAACAAAAAAAGAAAAAAAAACCUGGACUCAAUC